AUGGGCGUUAUUGCUAGCGACCAGGUCUCCGUGGCCACUCUGCAUGGUAGCAUCACACGAAUCAGCUUUCCACGUGUGCGUAAAGAUACAGGAGAAAUGUUUGAGUUCCAAGCGGGACAGUAUGCGUUCCUUUGUAUCCCGACUAUUUCCAGACUACAGUGGCAUCCGUUCACCAUAUCAUCGGCCCCACAUGAAGACGUGGUUUCAUUCUACAUCAAGGCUUCGGGUGACUGGACCAAUAAAUUGUUCGAAAUGGCUUCGAAGAAUGAUGGAGCUCCGUUAGAUAUUCUCGUGGAUGGAGCUUACGGUCGUGUGUCUAUUGAUCUUGAGAACCCAGAGAUAUACGCACACUUUGCUCUCUUCGCUGGAGGCAUCGGCAUAACACCGAUGCGCUCGAUUCUCAACUGGCUCCACUAUGAGCGAUACACUCUCGACCGCUCUGAGAUCCAGACUGUGCGCUUCACCUGGGCCGUUCCGAAUCUCGAUGUUAUCAAGGCAUUUAUGGGUAAUAUAGAUGCAAACGGCGAAGAGAGUGCUGGAUCAGCUGGUUACUUUGCUCGGGAAUUUUUUCAUGGUGAUGUGAACAGCGCUUUCCACAGCGAAUUCUAUGUUACAGAGGGCGUGCGCGACAUUGAGGACCCGGUAGACCAACAGCUUAGUCAAUACCUCCACUAUGGGUCGCGAUUCGAUUGCAUAGAAAUUCUUCGUGAGCUGGGUGAACAGGCGAAGCGAGACGGUAAAGACCGCGUGGCAGUUCUGGUUUGUGGCCCUGCAUCCAUGGUACGCGCUGUACUGGACACAAGCAUGACAUUUUCGAAAGUGAUAAAUGUAAAGUUCGACGUGCACUUCGAGCUCUUUGAGCUUUAGCGCUAACGGGAUUACAAGGCUGGGCAGGUAAUCGCUGGUGACCCUGGUCGGAUGCGAUGUUGUCGAUUUGUGGGAACUCGAUUACGGUUUGAUUACGGA